AGUUCUCCCAGUGGUUCUCCCAGUUCAAACGUUCACCAAAGUCAUGAUAACACUGAGGCAGCAACUAUUGCUGCAAUUGACCAAAUACGUGGCAUGCGGGGAAAACGUAUUUUAACUGACGUUAUACAACAUAUUCGACCAGUGUCGUACGUAAAUAAGCAAGGUGCAGUUGGUCGUCCAGUUAUGGUUCAGACGAACUAUUUUCGUCUAUUAAGAACACCGGAAUCGGUUAUACAUCAGUACCGUGUUGAUUUUGCACCAGAAGUCGAUUUGUUACAUGUACGUCGUGGAAUGAUAGGACAGUAUGAAGAUUUGUUUAGAGGUUACGUUUUUGAUGGUACUUUGCUAUUUUCUGCACAAAAUCUGAAAAGUAUAAUGGUAAAUGAUGUCUAUAAGAUACUAACAAAGGAUCGUGCAGGAAAUACAGUACAAAUUAAAAUUAAACAUGUUGGCAUAGUAGAAUUAACAGAUAUGCAACAGAUGCAUGUACUCAACUUGAUUUUACGUCGAUCUAUGGAAGGCUUGAAACUACAACAAUUGAAUCGAAAUUUUUUUGAUCCAGUAGCUAAAAUACGCAUUGAGAAUUUCCGUUUGGAAAUUUGGCCAGGAUAUAUUACCUCUAUUCGUCAGCAUGAAUUGGAUGUACUGAUGUGUGCUGAAAUCGCACAUAAGGUAUUGCGCACUGAUACAAUUUACAACAUUUUGACUCAAUUAGUGAAAGUGUCAUCAGAUUAUCAAAACGCAUUUGAGGCCGAAGUAAUUGGUAAGUAGUACAUAGU